AUGUGCUAUGACCGCUACGUGUCCAUCUGCAAACCCCUGCACUACGAGACCCUCCUGGGCAGCAGAGCUUGUGCCCACAUGGCAGCAGCUGCCUGGGCCAGUGGCUUUCUCUAUUCACUGCUGCACACAGCCAAUACAUUUUCCCUGCCCCUGUGCCAGGGCAAUGCCCUGGACCAGUUCUUCUGUGAAAUCCCACACAUCCUCAAGCUCUCCUGUUCACACUCAAACCUCAGGGAAAUUUGGCUUCUUGCUGUUAGUGUCUGUUUAGCACUUGGCUGUUUUGUGUUCAUUGUUUUCUCCUAUGUGCAGAUCUUCAGGGCUGUGCUGAGGAUCCCCUCUGAGCAGGGACAGCACAAAGCCUUUUCCACCUGCCUCCCUCACCUGGCCGUGGUCUCCCUGUUCCUCAGCACUGCCUCAUUUGCACACCUGAAGCCUCCCUCCAUCUCCUCCCCAUCCCUGGAUCUGGCAGUGUCAGUUCUGUACUCAGUGGUGGCCCCAGCCCUGAACCCCCUCAUCUACAGCCUG